AUGACUGCAGACUUGAGCAAGAAACUCAUCCUCGUCAUUGGCGGCACCGGCGCGCAAGGUCUCCCCGUCAUCGAGAAGCUGCUCGCCCUCGCUGAAGAUGGCUCGCCGUCCCCCUACGCUGUACGCGUGCUCACUCGUGAUCCCACCAGUCAUCGCGCACUGGAGCUCGCCUCCAAGGGCGUCGAGCUAGUCAAAGGUUCCUUCGAUGACUUCGAUUCCGUAGCCGCGGCGCUGAAGGGCUGUUAUGGCGCCUUCGUGAACACCGACGGGUUCACAGUUGGACAGGCGAAGGAGGUGUGGUGCGGCAUCCACAUAUACGAGCUGGCGAGGUACGCGAAGGUCAAGCACUACGUCUGGAGCAACUUGGAGUACUUCUCGAGGAUCACGAACUUCGACCCGAAGUAUAGGUGCGAGCACUCGGACGGCAAGGGCAUCGUCGGCGACUUCAUGCAGACGCAGCCGUCGGUCGUGAGCGACACGGACAUGUCCUGGACGCUCAUCACGUCCGGCCCGUACAUGGAGAUGCUCCACAACGCGAUGUUCGGCCCGGCCAAGCAGCGCGCGGACGGGACGGUCGUGUUCGUCACGCCCGUCGCGCAGGGCCACGUCAACAUGAUCGCGCUCGACGACUUCGGCUUCUUCGCGCGCUACGUGUUCGACCACCGCGCGGAGACGUCCGGGGAGGACCUCCAGAUCGCGAGCGACCGGGUCGACUGGGAAUACCUCCGGACGACGUUCGAGAAGGUGACGGGCCUGCGCGCAGAGGUGCUCUACCACUCGUACGACGACUGGACCAAGCGGUACGACCCUGCUACCAUCGAUGUGCCUCUCGCGAACGAGCGCGGGAAGACGAAGGACGGCUCGAUUACGUGGAAGGAGAACUUCCGCGCAUGGUGGUCAAAUUGGCGGGACGAUACGAUCAGUAGGGAUUAUGAGUGGCUGCGAAAGAUCAACCCGAAUGGACUCACGCUCGAAAGUUGGAUGCGGAAGGAAGAGUAUGGGAAGGAUCUCGGGGCCAAGGCGUACAAGCUGCUGAAGAAUUCCGAGGAUGGGAAGUCGCCCGCGUUGAACAUGGAAUAUAUUGCGACACUGUGA